AUGGCUAAAGAAAAUGAAGUAAAAACCAAACCACUAGGCAAAAGAAAAAUCCCAAUAGAGAAAAUAGAAAACAAAGCUAGGAAACAAGUCACAUUCUCUAAAAGAAGGAAGGGUAUUUUCAAGAAAGCUAGUGAAUUAUGCACUUUAUGCGGAGCUAAAAUCGCCGUCCUUACAUUUUCCGGUGCCGGAAAAAUCUUCACAUUCGGCGAUCCAAGUGCCGAUGAAGUCAUCAAUACGUGGCACGCUAACAGAUCGCCGCCGCCGUCGUGGUGGUCGGACGACGCGCCAAGCGAGCGCGUGGAGUACGAGAGGAUGAAGAUGAAUGAUACGACGACGUAUAGUGAUGAUGAUAAAGAUAAAGAUUUGUUUUGGUGGCAGAAGGAUAUUGAGGGUUUAGGGUUUAAUGAACUUGUGGAAUACAUGGCUUCUUUAAAAGAGUUGAGAAAUAAUGUUGCCUCUAAAAUUGGUGAUUGUUUGGGGAAAAACGUCGACGUUUCAUCGAGAAAUAAUCAAGAUGGUUUGGAUCUUAACAUGGCUUAUAAUCCAACGAACAAUGAAGGUGAAGAUACCAUGAAUUUUCCUAUAAGUUUUAAGCCUAAGUCUAAUUAAGGAGUAAUUAAUUGACACUUUUAAAUAAGUUGUUAAUUAAUGAAGUGGGAUAGAGAGGUUUAAUUAGUUAAAUUGUUAGGUUGAUUUUACAUACAAUAUAUUGUAAUUUAUUUUUUUGUCAUUAAGGUUUUUAAGGUUGAAUUUGUUUACAU